UCAUUCCCACUUUAAGUAAGAUUAUCCUCUCUCAGUCCAUACAUUUUCUUUGUUUUUGCCGCUAGUGAGACCACAAGGACACCAGCAACCAAGCACUGUCUAAAACACCAAAACGGUGUCUCACCAGUCCAGUCCACAGACUCUAAACGUGCUUUUGAACCCUCUCCAUAACCAUCCACCUCUCUCUUGCUUCGUCUCUUUCAAGCUAUUUUUUGGAGCCAACCCAUUCCAGUCUGUACACCAAAAAAACUAAAAUCCAAAUCCAAAAGUGGAAAAAUCGGUGGAGCUGAUGAGAGAAAUUGGAAGAAGCAGAGAAAAAACCAACAGUUUUUUUUUUGUUUCCUCAAAGUGUUUUUCUAUUUUUCAUGAUUGGAUUUGGAAUGGCAUAGAGAUUAGUGCAUAGCCAUGUGAUUGGUAGGUGUACAGGGAUGGGAAGCCAAACCUUUUCGACAAUCAUUCUUUCUUCUUUCUCUCACCUUUUCCCCCAUUAAAACUCCUCCCCCUCCCCGGUUCAUCUUCUCCUCGUCGCCUCCCCCCCCCCCCUCUCUCUCUCUCUCUACACAGAAGUUAAAGGAGAUCUGUUAAAUCAACUUUGUUCAGUACUGCACAAUUCAAGUUUGUUUGUCAGAGUGAAGGCCAAGGACUAAUUCAGCUUCAUAUUGAGAGAUGGAACCAUCAAGCCAUGCACACAAGAACUCGUCAGUCAUGCCACCUCUACCCAAAGACUCGCGUGGCUCGCUCGAAGUGUUCAAUCCAUCAACCCACUCCGCCAGACCAGGCUUUGUUCGCCCCCAACCCUCUUGGCAAAGCUGGGUAGAGCCCACCACCCAUCCCGAGCCGGAGCUCGCCACUUUCUCAUCCAAGUCCGGCAGGUCAAACGCCGGCGAAAUCACGUCAUGGAUGGCCCUCAAGGACCCCACUCCACCAUCACCACCACCGUCGCAACAUCAACAGCGCCAGUCAUCACCAGUCACCCAUAAGAGCUUACAGGCAAUCAUCAACGACCAGGACGGGAAAAAGUCGCCGGCGAAGUCUCAGCCACCGGGGGAAGCUGGUGUCGCAGCACAAAGAGCGGCGGAGUGGGGAUUGGUGCUGAAGACAGACACCGAGACUGGUAAACCACAAGGGGUCAAAGUAAGAACGUCCGCCGAAGAACAGAAUAAUAAGCAUGGGAGUUCUCGGAAGGACUCCGGUAAUUCAGUGCGAAGCUCCGGUGAAUUCUCAGAUGAUGGAGCAGGUAAGGAGAGGGGGUUUCCAAGGGUGUCUGAGGACUUGAAGGAUGCAUUAUCGGCAUUUCAACAAACUUUUGUGGUCUCCGACGCCACAAAACCCGAUUUUCCGAUCAUGUAUGCAAGUGCUGGCUUCUUCAAGAUGACUGGUUACACAUCAAGGGAGGUUAUAGGCAGAAAUUGCCGGUUCUUACAGGGUGCAGGUACAGAUCCGGAAGAUGUGGCAAAGAUCAGAGAAACGUUACAGGCAGGGGUUAGUUAUUGUGGGAGAUUGCUGAACUACAAGAAGGAUGGAACACCUUUCUGGAACCUCCUCACCAUUUCACCGAUCAAGGAUGAAACGGGAAAAGUUCUCAAAUUCAUCGGAAUGCAAGUGGAGGUUAGCAAGCAUACAGAGGGCUCUAAGGAGCAGAUGCUUCGUCCCAAUGGCCUGCCUGAAUCUCUGAUCCGAUAUGAUGCCCGGCAGAAGGAAAAAGCCACCAAUUCAGUAACGGAGCUACUGGAAGCAGUGAAGCAACCACCACGGGCGAGAGCUGUCAGUGAGUCGACCUAUCGUCCAUUAAUUAGGAAAUCGGAAAGUGGUACUGAACCAGAGAGGUCCGAAGCUUCUGGCCGGCGAAACUCGGAGACUAUGGUUCCGGCUAGACGUAAUUCAGUUGGUGGCACUAGAACCACAAUGCAGCGAAUCAGUGAACUGCCCGAAAAGAAACAGAGAAAAACUGGUCGUCGUUCUUUCAUGGGGUUUAUGAAGAAAAGUCGUCCUAAUACUGAAGAAGACGAGUUUGAACUUGGAGUUACUGUUAAUGAUGAUGAUGAAAGUGACGAUGAGGAGAGGGAUGAUGAGCGUCCCGAUAGUGUUGAGGACAAAGUAAGGCGGAAGGAAAUGAGAAAGGGUAUUGAUCUUGCUACAACACUAGAACGUAUAGAGAAAAACUUUGUCAUCACUGAUCCAAGGCUGCCUGAUAAUCCCAUUAUAUUUGCAUCCGAUAGCUUCUUGGAGCUGACAGAGUACAGUCGUGAAGAAAUCUUGGGAAGAAACUGUCGUUUUCUCCAAGGACCCGAAACCGAUCCGGCCACUGUGAGGAAAAUAAGAGAGGCAAUUGAUAACCAAACAGAUGUAACUGUGCAGCUCAUUAACUACACUAAAAGUGGCAAAAAGUUCUGGAAUCUGUUUCAUCUUCAGCCUAUGCGUGAUCAAAAGGGAGAAGUGCAGUAUUUCAUUGGGGUUCAACUAGAUGGAAGUGAACAUGUUGAGCCACUUCAUAACUGUAUUCCUGAGGCUACAGCAAAAGAAAGUGCAAAACUGGUGAAAGAAACUGCAGAAAAUGUUGAUGAAGCAGUAAGAGAACUUCCAGAUGCCAAUCAGAAACCAGAGGAUUUGUGGAUGAACCAUUCAAAGUUGGUUCACCCAAAGCCCCAUAGGAAGGACAGCCCAACUUGGAGAGCUAUUCAAAAGAUUCUAGAUGGUGGAGAACAGUUAGGGUUGAAGCAUUUUAAACCAAUUAAGCCUUUGGGAUCUGGUGAUACUGGCAGUGUGCAUUUAGUGGAGUUGUGUGGAACUGGACAACACUUUGCCAUGAAAGCAAUGGAUAAGGGAAUAAUGCUCAACCGCAACAAGGUGCAUAGAGCUUGUGCAGAAAGAGAAAUCCUGGAUAUGUUGGACCACCCUUUUCUUCCAGCUUUAUAUGCAUCGUUUCAGACCAAAACACAUAUUUGUCUUAUAACAGACUACUGCCCCGGUGGAGAGCUCUUCAUGCUUCUGGACAGACAACCAAUGAAGGUCCUGAAGGAAGAUGCUGUACGAUUCUAUGCUGCAGAAGUAGUCGUGGCAUUGGAGUACCUUCACUGUCAAGGUAUAAUCUACAGGGAUUUGAAGCCCGAAAAUGUAUUGCUUCAGUUCAACGGGCAUGUGACAUUAACAGAUUUUGAUUUGUCCUGUUUGACAUCUUGCAAGCCACAGCUUUUAAUUCCAGAUACCAAUGAAAAGAAAAAGCAUCAGAAAACUCGGCAAAAUCCAAUAUUUAUGGCCGAACCUGUGCGAGCAUCAAAUUCUUUUGUUGGAACUGAAGAGUACAUAGCUCCGGAAAUCAUAACUGGAGCAGGCCAUACUAGUGGAGUGGACUGGUGGGCCCUAGGCAUUCUUUUGUAUGAAAUGUUUUAUGGAUACACGCCAUUUAGGGGAAAGACAAGGCAAAAGACAUUUGCCAACGUUCUUCACAAGGAUAUUAAAUUUCCAGGAAGUAUACCGGUAAGUCUCCAAGCAAAGCAGUUAAUGUAUCGGUUGCUGCACAGAGAUCCCAAAAACAGAUUGGGUUCACAUGAAGGAGCAAAUGAAAUCAAGAGACAUGCAUUUUUCCGUGGUGUGAACUGGGCUCUAGUUCGUUGCAUGAACCCUCCCAAGCUCGAUGCUCCUCUUUUUGAGACAACCGAAGCCAAGGAACUUAAAGAUAUCGACCCUGGACUACAGGAUUUGCAAACAAAUGUUUUCUAAAAGAACUGAAUCUAUGCAUCUCCUAAUCAAGGCACAUAAUGAAAGGACUGGGAGAGCUCUGCCUCUUGUUGUGUGAUUAUUGUUUGUUUUGCUUGUUUUUCACCUUCCACACCUACCUUAAAGUUAGCCUGGUCCUAGUUGUAGUAGGAAAUCAAGGUUCUUGGCUUGUCCACUUUUUCGCCUGUUGCGUGUGCAUGGUCUUAUGUUUUGUAAUCUGUGUUCAGUGUAUUGGAAGAUUUUUAAUAAAUAAGUUUAUUAAGCCCUUCCUCUUUUUUCUUGAUAAACUUUAUGUAAUUUUUUUUGUCUUUUAAACUAGAAUAUCGGAAAAUUUACGAAUUGAUUUUAAGUUCAGGAAUUCGGC